UUCGAAUCGCAAAUUCAACUUUUCUCCGAGCCAGAAAUCGAACUGCGUUCACCGACCGAAGAUGGACGCGCUGUCGCAUACAUUCGUUUUCAUGAUCCUCGUGAAAUUAUCACAGCUAUCAACUUGUGUGAGUCAUUGGAUAGUGCUACUAUUGAAAGAACUGAACUUAAUCAACUUCAAUUCCUUCCUAUCGUUUCACAUCGAAUUGUUCUUCAAGAUACACUUGCUCAAGCUAUCGACAAUAAACUCGAACAGACCAUCAAAACUAUCAAAGAAGAUUCCACUUACUCCAGUGUAAAUCUGUUAAAAAAACCGAUUACACUGUAUGAUAAAUCGCAUGUUCUAAUAUCUAUUCGAGGAUCGAAUCUUCAACAAUCGUAUAAAGCACGAUUACUGUUCGAUGAUCUUUUGAAAGGUUUGCAAUUUCAACUAUAUGAUCAUUCGUGGGUGACGGUACUUUUCGAUACAGCUGGACAACGAUUUUUGAGUGAUCUUCAGUAUCGUACAAGUACAUAUAUUUGGUGGAAUUGGAAAUCAACUUUUCUACGCAUAUUUGGUGAAGACGAAGCGUGUCAAGAGGCGUACAAGCAGAUAAGCACUUACGUCCAAGAGACUAUCACUCAACGCGGACACUCCAUAUCAAUUCCAAUUCCUCAAAAUUGUAUUCGACUAUGCAUACAAAAUGCAAAAAAAUUCCGCGAGCUGAAUAACAAGAAAACAACAGUAGUGGUUAAUGUAAUCAAACAUGUAAUCACAAUAACGGGCGACCGGGACGCAGUGACAAGUUGUGAACAGAAAGUGACACAGUUUCUGGACAAUUUUUCUCAACUUUCAGGUCAUGUCGAUGAGAAAAAGUCGGCAGAUACAACAAACACUUGUCCAAUAUGUGCCUGUGACUUUGAUUCUCCUUAUGCACUACAACAGUGUGGACAUACAUUCUGUCGUUCAUGUUUAACCGCUUACUUCGAUACGUAUUUCGAUGUGACGAUCAGUUCUGAUGCUUUUAAAUUAUCGUGUCCACUGCAAAACUGUAAUGCUGUUUGUCUCAUCCGUGACAUUGUUUCGAUACUUGGCUUUGAACGAAUGACGCGUCUAGCAAUGAUCGCAUUCCAAAUCUAUAUUCGUCGAGGUGAAAACAAUCUAGCACAAUGUAUGGGAAUUGAUUGUAAACAGGUAUAUCGUCUAUCGGAUCGUUCAUCGAUGUAUUUUUGCGAUCAAUGCAUCAAAGUCUAUUGUACACCAUGCGAAGUUGAGUACCAUACUGGUAUGACGUGUGAACAAUUUCAAAAAUUGCAUAAUGACAAGGACGAAGAUGCGAUUUUGCAAUAUAAUCUCGGCAAAUCAUCUUGCAAAGCUUGUCCAAAAUGUCGAACACCGAUUGAUAAAUAUGCUGGGUGUCAUGCAGUCAAAUGUACAUUGUGUAAUACUCAAUUCUGUUGGCGAUGUUUAGCAACCGACGAUACAGAUAUCCAUCGACACUUUACCGAUCCUGAUUCACCAUGCUACAACAGAAUGCUGGAUAACGAUACAAUUGCUGAUGAACUUGAUUAA